AUGUCAGACGAACAAAAGAAAUUAGAAGAUCUUUUAAAGCAGUUACAGUUAAACAACGGUAAUGGUCCUAAGAUUAAUGCUGAACCUGUGAGGGGAACUAAUGAUUUUAAAUUUUGGAAAACGCAACCUGUGACGAGUUUGGAGGAAGAAGUUACUGAAGAAGGUCCAAUUGAUAAACCUAAGAAACCAGAAGAUAUUUCUGAUAAGACGUUACCAAUGUUGGCCGAGUUUGAAUGGACUACAGUUGAUAUUGAAGAUAACGAACAGUUAGAAGACGUUUUUGUACUAUUGAAUGAAAAUUAUGUCGAAGAUCGUGAUUCAGAAUUCAGAUUUAAUUACACAAAAGAGUUCUUCAAAUGGGCGUUGAAAUGUCCAGGUUGGAAUAAAGAUUGGAAUGUUGGUGUUAGAGUUAAGAACACUGGUAAGUUAAUUGCAUUUAUUUCCGCAAUUCCAGUCACUCUUAGAGUUAGAUCUAAUAUUAUAAAAUCCGUAGAGAUCAAUUUCUUGUGUGUUCACAAACAACUAAGAGCUAAAAGAUUAGCUCCAGUAUUGAUUAAAGAAAUCACAAGAAGAGUCAACAAAACUGAUAUUUGGCAAGCAUUAUAUACUGGUGGAGCAAUUUUACCUUCUCCAAUUGCAACUUGUAGAUACACCCAUCGUCCAUUAAAUUGGAAUAAAUUAUGUGACGUUGGUUUUACCGCAUUGCCAAGUAACUCUACCAAUGCCGAAAUGGUAGCCAAAUAUACUUUACCAAAAGUUACUGCCACACCAGGUUUAAGAGUAAUGGAGGAAAAAGAUAUUGAAGAAACUUUGAGAUUGUUUAACAGAUAUCAAGAAAGAUUUGAGCUAGUUCAGAAUUUUACAAAGGAAGAAUUCCAUCAUUGGUUUUUAGGUGGCUUGGAUUCUACCUCUUCAAAAGAUAGCAACGUUAUUUAUUCCUACGUUAUAGAGGAUAAAGAUGGAAAAAUUACCGAUUUCUUCUCCUUCUACUCUUUACCAUUCUCUAUUUUGAAUCAUAGUGUGCAUAAAGAUCUUGGUAUUGGUUACCUAUUUUACUAUGCAUCCGACGCUGAUUUCAACUAUGCUGAGAGAUAUAACGAAGAAGCAACAUCUAAAUUGAAAAAAAGGUUAGAUUUAAUCAUAAGAGAUGCAUGUAUAUUAGCUAAUAACUCCAAAAUGGAUGUGUUCAACGCUUUGACAUCACAAGAUAAUGCAUUAUUUUUAGAUGAUUUGAAAUUUGGUUCUGGUGAUGGUUUCUUAAAUUUCUACUUAUUUAAUUACAAAGCUUUCCCAAUCCACGGUGGUCUCCUGUCCAACAAAUCCAACGAUGUAGAAAAACGUAGUAACCUAGGUAUAGUAAUGUUGUAA